AUGCAUUCCUUUGCCAAACUGACCCUUGUCAAUGUGCUGCUGGUCUGUCUGAGUUGUGGCUGCUCAGCCAUUAGCUCCAUAGACCCAGACCGGCCAGGUGAGGGGAGAUGUCAACAGAUUGUCAUCUCCCUGUGUAAGGACAUUGGUUACAACAUGACUAGGAUGCCCAAUCUGAUGGGCCACGAGGACCAGAAUGAGGCAGCCAUCAAGAUACAUGAGUUUGUCCCUCUCAUAGAGUUUGGAUGCCACACUCACCUCAAGUUUUUUCUCUGUUCGCUGUAUGCACCCAUGUGCACGGAGCAGGUGUCCACCCCCAUACCUGCCUGCAGAGUGAUGUGUGAGCAGGCCAGGCAAAAGUGCUCCCCUAUCAUGGAGCAGUUCAACUUCCACUGGCCUGACUCCCUGGAUUGCUCCAGACUACCCAACAAAAAUGACCCAAACAACCUAUGCAUGGAGGCCCCCAACAACGGCUCAGAUGAGUCCCCAAAAGGCUCCCACACCCAGCCUCCUGACUUCAGGCUUCAGAGGCCCAUAAAAGGCCAGGACCUGCACGUGAAGGACAAGGAGAGCAAGGAGACCUGUAGUAACCCAGGCAAGUUCCACUAUGUACAGAAGAGUGAGUCCUGUGCUCCCAAGUGCUACCCCAAAGUGGAUGUGUACUGGAGUCAGGGAGAUAAGCAGUUCUCUCUGGUGUGGAUGGCCAUCUGGUCCAUCCUUUGCUUCGUCUCCAGCUCAUUCACUGUCCUCACCUUCCUUAUCGACCCGCAGCGCUUCAAAUACCCUGAGAGGCCCAUUAUCUUCCUCUCUAUGUCCUACUGUGUUUACUCUGUGGGCUACCUGAUCCGUCUGUUUGUGGGGGCAGACAACAUCGCCUGUGACCGGGACAGUGGGGUCCAGUACAUCAUCCAGGAGGGACUGGAAAGCACGGGCUGCACCAUCGUCUUCCUCAUCCUCUACUACUUCGGCAUGGCCAGCUCCCUCUGGUGGGUCAUCCUCACACUCACCUGGUUCCUGGCUGCAGGGAAGAAGUGGGGUCACGAGGCCAUUGAGGCCAACAGCAGCUACUUCCACCUGGCAGCCUGGGCCAUCCCGGCCGUCAAGACCAUCAUGAUCCUGGUGAUGAGGAAGGUGGCGGGGGACGAGCUGACGGGGGUGUGCUACGUGGGCAGCAUGGAUGUAAAAGCUCUCACAUGCUUCGUGCUCAUCCCACUCUCCUGCUACCUCAUCAUCGGCACCUCCUUCCUGCUGUCGGGCUUCGUGGCCCUGUUCCACAUCCGCAAGGUCAUGAAGACGGAGGGGGAGAACACGGAUAAACUGGAGAAGCUGAUGGUGCGGAUCGGAGUGUUCUCGGUCCUCUACACUGUACCGGCCACCUGCGUUAUCGCCUGCUACUUCUACGAGAGGCUCAACAUGGACUACUGGAGGAGCCUGGCCGUGGAGCAGAAGUGUGUUGACAGCAGCAGGAACAAUGCAGAGUCUGAGGAGUGUGGUAUGAAGAGCUCCAUCCCGGCUGUGGAGAUCUUCAUGGUUAAGAUCUUCAUGCUGUUAGUGGUGGGCAUCACGAGUGGCAUGUGGAUAUGGACCUCAAAGACACUGCAGUCGUGGCAGAAUGUGUUUAGCAGGAAGUUGAAGAAGAGGACGAGGAGGAAGCCUGCCAGUGUGUUCACAAGCAGUGGGCCUUACAUCAAGCCUCACCCAGCACUUAAAGGGCACAACACGAAGUAUGAGCCUACCAGGCCCCCUCCGACAUGCGUAUGA